GAGAAAAGAAACUUCUGCUCUUCACUGCAGAAGACAGAAAACGUUUAGUUUAUCAGCGGGUGCGCAGCAUCAGAGAAACUUUAGGGAUGACAGUAACCAGCAAGUGAACACAAGCCAACCUUAACGGCAGCAGGAAGAGAGGAGAAGAAAGGGCUUGCAUGGCACCGCGGUCGUGCGUAAUGAAUCCUGCGCAAGGAUCCCCGGCCUUGGAUACAUUGCCUAAGGAUAAACCCGCUGGUGGAGCUGGAGCCGGGAAGCUGGACAUGGCACCUUGUAGAAGUUUUAAAAGCAAAAGUGUAGAGCUGCCUUUCAGUGUGGAAUCCUUAAUAUCGGACAGGAGCUCUCCGGGCAGCAGCCUUCAGUCCUCCGAGCUUGGAUCAGGCUGCGUUCGCACGGAGGGGAGCGAGUGUGCGUCACCAAGAGGGGUCUGUGGAUCCAAACUGGAGGCUGUGGGCCCCAGCGAGACAGAGGGCACCUGGCCUCAUGGUACCUAUUCUCCUCAUUUAAGAAUCCCCAGCCCAAAUACAUGCAACCUGAGGAAACACAAGAACAACAGGAAACCCAGGACCCCAUUCACAACCUCCCAGCUGCUCUCUCUGGAGAGGAAGUUCCGUCAGAAACAGUACCUGUCCAUCGCUGAGAGGGCAGAGUUCUCCAGCUCCCUGAACCUUACAGAGACCCAGGUCAAGAUCUGGUUUCAGAACCGCAGAGCCAAAGCCAAAAGACUGCAGGAGGCAGAGCUGGAGAAGUUAAAGCUGACCGCAAAGCCGCUGCUGCCGGCCUUCGCCUUCCCCUUCCCGCUGAGCGCACCUCUGGGUGCUGCGCCUCUGUAUGGAGGCCGCUCUGUCUUCCCUGUGCCCGGACUACUCAGCAGGCCUUACGGGAUGUACUACCUGUCCUAAAUAACUCCUCUCAGGACCAUUCACUGGGAGCUCCUUUGAAAUUGUUUUUAAGGAAAAAAAAUUGUUAAAAAAGUAUCCAUCCAAAAAAAAAAAAAAA